UCAGCUCAGCGGCCGCUAGCAGCAGAUGACUGUCUCCGUGUCUCCUGUGUCUCCUGUGUCUCCUGUCUCUCCUGUCUCUGUGCUUCACAUCAGCAGGGCUGCGUAUUCAUUUUCUCUGCUCUGAAACUUUUCGCGGGUGCAGAAGAGUUUUGUGGAUCAGCGGAGCUGGACCGGGAUUAUUUCAUGGCCCGGCCCUGAGGAAAACUCCGUGUCGGAUCUGAGAGGCCAGAGUUAGAGACUGGAACAACCAACAGCUGCUCCUCGAGAUCUCUUCCCACACAGGUUUCCCGAAAACUGCAAUGUCAUCAAAAAUGCAGAGCUCCAGUAGCAUGGCUCAGGCCAGGCGGACGGUGCAGCAGCUGAAGAUCGAGGCCAGCAUCGAACGGAUAAAGGUGUCCAAGGCUUCAUCAGACCUGAUGCGCUACUGUGGAGAACACGCCAAGAAUGACCCGCUGCUCAUGGGCAUUCCCGCGUCAGAAAAUCCUUUCAAGGACAAGAAGCCUUGCACCGUUUUGUAAGGCAACACCUGAACUCUUGCUGCUUUUCGUUUCAGUGCUUCUGUGGUAAAUAUAGUAAAACUGUUCACAACUUGCCUUAAGGCCAGUGUACCCCCCUUACCUUUUCACAUGCCUGCUUCGGUUUGAUAAGGAAUGUACUCCUCUCUGCCUCUCAGUCAGAUAGCGGUUACACCAAAGAACAGGCAGAAAUCUGAAUCUGAAUCUGUGGCCUCGGAUCAAAGCUUUAGCUCAAACAAAGGUGAUUAAAAGUUUGUAUGAAGGCUCAGUGGUGACUGCGUUUUUUCUCUGUGCUGUUAUCUGACAAGAUCUAGAAGGCCGCAGACCUCAGCCUGAAAGGAACCGCGCCACUGAGGGAGAGUUCCUGACUCUCUAAUUAUCACAGCAUGCAUAAACAAGCCCCCUCAGUCACUGGUCCAAUCCGAUUUAGGCUUUCAGCUUUCACCUCUUACUUUCAUCAGCCUUGUAGUUUGUGUGCUACUGAUAAUGAGCCCCAGAGAUAAUGAUGUCCUGCCGCUGGACGAGUGAACUGCGCUGUAGGACAGAGCAUGAUGUCUGACAGUGAUCAUUAAAAUAUGGAAAGAAAUAUUGAAUCCCAGUCUGUGCCAAUCAGUGCCAUCAGCGUCUCUGCCUCUCUCUGCAGAGCUGAGGCUCAUCGCUGGACUAUUCAGGCACUUUGAAACCUGUGAACACCAGAUGACUGUUAUACUCCUGAGCCUGAAACAUUCCAUGUUUACAGCUGCUCUAAAGCUCAGACCUUAUCAUGAGUAUGUUUGACUGCUGAUAAACAGCUGUAACUUUGUCAUUUGUGCGUUGGUGCAUUUUGCAUUUUUACCAGCCAGGGCCUUAACGAUGAAGUAAUCCUGCUUCAACUUCUGGACUACCUUUUAGUCACACAAGUGCUGUUGUCUUAUACUGUGAAUAACAAAGGCCCUUUAGGUGAAGGGAGUAUAUCUUACAAUAGGAUAUUAAUAUUAAACAUUAAUAUUACUAGCUGUAUGGCACCCUGUUUCAGAAAGACUCAGUUCAGUUAUGAUUUGCAUUACGAUAUCUCUCAUACAGUCCAUAACUAUGGCCGUGCAGUGUGUAUGUCCAUGUAUCACAGUAUGUGCUUGCUUGUAUCUGUGCUUCGCAGGAUUGCACUGAUUCAGUCAAACCUCAACUUUGAAUUUUAUUAAUUCAGCUUUUUGAAUUAAAACUGAAUGUGUUGUUUUGGUUAA